AUGAGAGACCGUUAUUUAGAGAUGCCAGCAUAUCGAGAAGAAGGAACAAGUGUGCAAGCAAUUGAUAUUGAAAAUAAUGAUAGUACUUCAAAGCAAGAUCCUAAGUAUGAUGGAGGUAAGUUUGGAACAUUCAUGUUCAAGAAUUAUGUAAUACACUGGCUUGAGAUGGUUAUAUCGUUUGUGUUCAUAACAUAUGUGUCUCUGGUAUUAUUGUCGAUGAUGAAAGUGUGGGAGAAGGGAAAUGUAUUUAUAAAAAUAUAUCCGAAGAUUAACCAAUGGGUUGUUCUGACAUCGAUUAUAUUGAGUAUUGUGUCAAUGGCACUGAGAUGGAAGGAUAUGCUCCACUCUGUGAAGAACAUCAAGACACAUCCAGUCAUAAUAUUCUGCGGAUUGAUGCUUAUUGGAGUUCUGACACUCUCGAUGCGAUUCUUUUUUUCUACAAUAAAAAAUACAUCCUCAAAGUCAGGCACUGAUGCAUACUCGGAAUGUCAUCCUGAGAUUAUUGGAAGUGUACUUGGACACACUUCUGGAUUGGUGUUUGCAUACAUAGUAUAUGUGUGUGUAAAGGCAAUGUUCAAUGGAAACUUCAGUUACACAAGUAACCUUGUCAGGCUUGUAAGCAUAGUAGUUGGUGCUUUGAUAAUAAUUGGAGCGGGUAUUCUUAAUUUGGCAUCAGUGAUUAAUCACGAUAAAGUGGCAAUUGCAUAUGGAGUGGCAGGAAUAGUCAUGGCAAUUAUAAACAUGAUUUCAUUUGAUCUUAGGACAACAGAAAGUCCCGACAACAAAUUCAAUUGGACUGUAGCAGCAGCAGCGAUGGUUUUAUUUAUUAGUAGUUUGGUAAUGAUAAAGAAGGCAUACUGUGCGAAUGAUGUCAGUACUAAGGACUUUUUUACUAAACGAGGAUCUGAAUUUAUGUAUGGAAUUUACAAUGCGAGCAUUGUAAAUUCAUACAAUGCCGAGGAUGAUAUUAGUGAUCAGUGA